GUGUUAGGCUUAUUCCAUCUUUUGAAUAGAAUAAAUUAGAGAAGAAAAAGUCUCAAAUCAGGUGGAAUGGGUAUCUGCAUAUCCUCUGAAUCUUCAGCGAUUCAUGGAGCCCCUGAAGAGGCUCGUGAUGAAAAUGUGUUAGUGUUUGAAGCAACCAAGGUUCUAAGUGGACUUUGCUCUGCUUACACUAAACAAGGUAGCAAAGGACUUAACCAAGAUGCUGCCACUCUUUUUCAGGGUUAUGGAACGGAAAACGCAGCAUUUUGUGGCGUAUUUGAUGGGCAUGGAAAGAAUGGUCACAUAGUAAGCAAAAUAGUAAACAGCCGUUUGUCUCCGCUCAUAUUGAGCCAAAAGAAAGUGCAUGCAAAGAUUGACACGGUUCAAAAGGGUGAUAAAAUAAACCAUGUGGACACAGAUGAAGACAAUUCAUCAGCUCCAAACACGAAUUGUCAUGAAUGGAAAGAGGCUAUUCUUGAUGCUUUCAGGGUGAUGGAAAAGGAGCUCAAGCUACAAGAGAAUAUAGAUUCCACUUGCAGUGGAACCACGGCUGUAGUUGUCAUAAGACAGGGUGAAGAUCUUGUCAUAGCAAACCUUGGUGACUCGAGAGCAAUCUUGGGGACAAUCUCUGACGGUGAAAUCAUACCCAUUCAAUUGACAACGGAUAUGAAACCUGGAUUACCUCGCGAGGCAGAACGAAUAAGAAGUUGCAACGGUCGUGUAUUUGCGCUGAAGGAAGAACCACACAUCCAGAGAGUGUGGUUACCCAAUGAGAACUCACCAGGCCUAGCCAUGUCUCGAGCUUUUGGAGAUUUCAUGCUCAAAGACCAUGGCAUCAUUGCCGUCCCAGAUAUUUCAUAUCGCACGCUGACAUCCAGCGACCAGUUUGUUGUACUUGCAAGUGAUGGGGUGUGGGAUGUACUAAGCAACAAGGAGGUUUCCUCAGUUGUGUGGGAGGCAGACACUGAAAAAGAUGCAGCAAGGGCAGUAGUGGAAGCAGCAACCGCAGCAUGGAAACAAAAGUAUCCUUCUUCUAAGGUAGAUGACUGCACUGUGCUUUGCCUCUUCCUCCACAAGAAACCACAGUUUCUUGGUAACUAACAAAGUUGCCAUGUGAACAUCAAGUUAUAGCUGGGUACAUCAUCACUUGGUAGCUGGCAUGUUAGUUGGGAUGUUCGAUGACAUUGACAGAUACAAGUUAUAGAAAGCUGAUAAGAGGGUGUGUUGCUUCUGUUUUUCUAUUAGUUUGCUCUACUUUCUUUCUUUUACUUUAUAAGUAUCCAUGUGUCUCUCCUAUCAUAUCUAUCUCGUAUCAUAUAAUCUUUUAUUCCAUUUAAUACACAAUAUUGAGUUAUUUCUACA